UUAAGAUCCUCACAAUCUUUACUAAAAUGUUAAAAUGUUGGGUGACCCAAGUCAAGAAAAUGAAGAUCUCUCAGGAGACCGACGGCGAUGUUUCCGAUCACAAUGACGCUGAGCUUGUCCUCUCCAUCGAGAAAGAGCAGGACAUCCAAGACGAGCUCGAUAAGGUCAAUGAGGAAGCCACUGAAAAGGUAUUGGAAGUGGAACAGAAGUAUGACGAGAUUUGUAAACCAGUAUAUGACAAAAGAAAUGAGAUAAUCAAACAUAUUCCUCAUUUUUUGAUGACUUCUUUCUUAAGUCAUCCUACACUCGGUGAUCUUUUAAGCUUGGAAGACUUGAAGAUCUUUAAGUUUCUCGAUUCUGUUAUUGUGGAGGAUUUCAAAGACAUGGAAGCAGGUUACUCGAUCACAUUUGAAAAUAUUAAAGAAAAUGAAUUUCACAAUGUGAAGGGUGCUGCUGCUAAUGGAGUUAAUCAUGAGGUGAAAGGGGAACAAAAGGGCACUUCUUGA